CUCCAUUGCUCCUCGGAAGGGUAAUCCGGGCCAACCGUCGUUCGAUAAACAAUAGGAAGGAGCGAGAGGAGCGAGAAAGAGAGAGAGUGUGUAUGUAUGUGUAUAGCGUGAAAGCGAUCGAGAGAAAGAGAGAGAGAAGGAGAGACGUGCCGCCCGUCCAAACUCCGAUUUCGAUACGAUACGAGGUACAAUACGCGAUCGCAAAGAUGGUCGCCCGUGCGACCUCAUCUGUCAAGUGACGAGGACGAUUCUCGGUGUCGUGGUGUGUCCUCGCUAUGCGUCGUUAGCGAAAGCGAGAGAACGAGAGAGAGAGAGAGAAAGAGCAAAGGUGAAAGGGAGACAGAACGACACCGGGCUGCCUCGAACCGCCCGGCCGCCAAAUUUCAGGUAAUCAGCAGACGCAUCGUUCAAUACACUGGCUAUGAAAAUGAAGAUCCCGAAUGGCGGGCCUGGAAACGGGACUUACUAUGGACAGGAGACGGGUAUCACUUCCUACGUGGACAACAACAGCGACACGGAACCCGAGGUACAGGCGAUAGGCGACGGUGACUUCUCCGAAUACCUAUGGAUGGAGAACGAGGAGGAGUUCGACAAACAGGUGCUCCAACAAUUGGAAGAGGAAGAGCUGAUGGAAGAGUGUCUCGAAGCGAUGCUGGAGGAAGAGAGGCAGCACCAGAGGAACAUGAGUUCCACAGCCUGGUCCACGGCUACUGGCACUCCCGACAAUAACGCCGCCGAGCUCUGUCAGCAGCUCAGCAGUCUGAGGAUGCAGGACGAUCUUGCCAAGCAGAGCACGCUAAAUCCAGAUGCAGCCGAAUUUAUUCCAGCGUGCAAAUCGACUGUGGUGUCACCUGUAAGUACGUCAGAAACCACAGUCACUACAGAGCCGUCGUAGAAAUCUUCUGUGUGUCUUUUCUCUCUUGUCCGUUCUCCGUUUAAGUCACGUAUAAAAUCGGGCUACACGUAAUGGUUAGACUUUACUAUUUCCAAUCCGACAGUCGUAUUAAGCGGAUCAUCGUGUUAGAUGUUCAAUGACUGUGACUGUAGGUACAAAGAUAAAAAAAAAAAAAGGGAUAAAGAGCGCCAGUUGUGCGUAAUUAUGCGCGUAUUAUCCGAAAAGCGUCAGUUACACAAUCAGAUGAAACGAUAACGCGUUAUCCUGACAUUUUUAUAGAAGCACCGAACGUGAUAUUGCGCGGAAUAAUUAUGUACAUGCUUUUUUUUUUUGCUGAAACACUAACGAACAAUCGCUAGUUUACAAAUCACUCGUUAAGAAAAAUUUGCAAUUUGUAUCCCUUGUUCGAUGCCAUCUACAUCGAGGACCGUUUCUCGCAAAGGCAAAUAUUUUUAGCAUUUUCAAUCUUUGUAUAAUUUGUAUAAAAUUGAUCGUUGUACGUCUACGGGAAUAACCCGCUGUUCACGCUGGACUGAACAGAGAGGACAAAAUGCACUGAAUGGUUUAUGGGAAGACUUUCAUAAGUUAUAAAAUAUGUAUAUGUGUGAGCAAGAACGUAGAUACACAUAUAUUAUUCUGUAAAUUAUGUUCAUAACUUAUAUAUAUAAUAUAUAUUAUAUAUAUAUAAUUAUAUAUUAUUAUUAUAUAUAUAAUGUGUGUGUACAAUAUACAUACAUUAUAUAUAGUAUGCAUGUAUUAUAUAUAAUAUACAUAUAUAUUUAUAUAUAUAUAUAUAUAUAUGUAUGUCUCAAUCAGAUCUUAUCAUUCUUCAAGCGUAUGUAAACCAUUUUACCUUUUACAAUAUUUACUCUUCGUAUCAAGCUGUAAAACUUUUCACGAGCGCGCGCGCACAACGGUAGAACUUUUUACAGCCUGAGAGAAAGUUUUACAGCUUGAUAUCCAUCUGUCCAAUAAAAACUUUUCUUAAGAGUUCCUUUUGUAAUACUUAUAGUAGGAAAUGAUGAGAUGUUUACAGAAUCGUUAGCAGAACGUGUCUUGCUUCAUGCGAGAUAUUGCGCACGAAUCACAUAUAGUACGACGAAUCAUGAGGACACCGUGUUAUUUUUUAACGAACAUUUUGAAUAGAUGAAUCGGCAUAAACAAUCGCGAGCGCACACGUAGUCGGAAAAAAAUUAGAAUUAUGUUAUCUGUAUAAAUAUAUCGUCUCCUAAUUGGAAAUUUGCAUGAGAUUCCACCCGAGAAACGCUAUCGUGUCGAGUCCUGCUUCAGCAUUCAUCCAACAAACUUAAGAUCUCGAGUGAAAGUCUUACUUAGGCUGUGAGGGACUCUUUUUACGACUUUUUUUUUAAUGACGCUGAAAAUCAGGACACACCGCUUACUUAUUUUUUAAAUCGGUCAUAUAUUUCCACGGAAUUAAUAUUUUGAAAUUUUAGAAAAUUGUAGAUUGUAGAAUCACGAUGAAAUAUGAAUAUAGGGUAAAUGGUGAAUGUACUUUAAAACCCACCCUUGAAUGGCAAGAAGAUUGAUUUAACUUUUGAUGCAGCAUAAUAUAUCUAUAUACAUAUACUCGUUAUUUAUAAAGUAGAUAUCACAUCACAUAUAUGUGCACAAUAUUUGAUAGUUUAUUUUUUUUCUUUCGAACUCUUUGUUUUUUUUUUAACAAAAAUAAUUUUUGAAUUGCAUUGUCUUGUAUGAAUUCUAUUUAAUUAAGAAUUUUUAAUUUACCGUAUAAAUUUAAAAUCAAACUUUUUGCGAUCCAAGAUUUUACUAGUGAUUAAAACGCAAUCGCUUACUUAACGGUGAUAUCUGCCAUUCUUUUUAAUAAUUACGAUUAAGUACGAAUUUUAAUAAGAUCUAUACAUUGAGAUAUCUAUAUAUUGUUAUGUGUUUGCAUUCUGGUAUACUUUAUGCAUGGUAAACGUGCACUUUAGUCACAAACCUGGUUUUAACAUGAAUGUAGAAACUGUGAUUCAAAGCAGCGUUACUAAGUUUACUGAAUAUUAUUCAGAUGUAAAACAUCGUACAUUAGUCUCUUGCAAUAUAUUUAAUCUGGAAUUGUUUUCUCCCCGCCAUCAUUUAUUUUAUGAAAAAGAUACGAUAUAAUAUAACAGAUCCCUAAUUAUCGGCAGAAUAAAAAUUGAAUAAAAAAAAUGGCUGCAUGACUUCGGAAGUAAUUAGACGAUUUUAUGAUGCGAUGAAAUAAAAGUAAAAUAUGAGGAAAUCACGAGUUUUGCGAAGCUCUAAAAAAAAAUCAAAUUGAUGCGAGUGUAAAAUAGAGACUGAUUUCACGUCCAUUUUUACAUCAGCUUUAAUACCCGAACUAGAUCAUAAUCCAUCUUUUAAUUAUUACUUUACAACUACAACUAAUAUAGAUUUUGUGUAAUAUAGAAAUCAUUUUGCAAUACUAUACUAUGCUGCAUAAUAGUUGAUAUACUAAUACUGAUGAAAAUACGCUGACUAUCGAUCUGCGUUGAAAAUUUUAUUAAAAAAAUCUAGUUGCUAGGUGUAUGUCUUAAGAACUCGUUUUCCCAAGACUAUCGAAGUAAAUUGACCUUGCAGAAAAAAAGAAACGUAUAUAUAAAAAAAUUGUGAUUUGUUUGCAGAUUAUAUAAAAUUAUAGGCAGCCGUAAUAUGUGGAAAAUAAUAUAUACCAUAAAUGUAAUCAUGUAUCCAUCAUUACUCCAUCAUUGAAACUGUACAAAUUUGACUUCAUCUUAACAUUUUCAGAUGUCAAGACUCAAUGCAUUAUACGUGACACUAGAAUCGCAUCACAAUAGACUUGCGAACUGAGAUUUGUAAUACUUAUAAAUGCCGCAUAAUUUCUUAGAUUUCUUACGCCCCUGAAACUCGUCUCGAAUUUUUGGUAAUUACUGCAACAUCUUCAAUUCACUUGCAUAUAUUGAUAUCUCUAAUAUAUGUAAUAUUAAGAACAUUAGGUUACUCUAGAUUUAAGAGAUGUGCAGCUGUAAUCUUCUCGUACAGUACAAUAUGAAGCAGUACUACAAUAAACGAUAGUCAUUACAAACCAUCGUAAAUCAUCGUGAUAACUGAUUAUACGUAUCUGCAGUAACCAAUGCGAACAUUGUAACUCGAGUCUGUUGUAAGAAAGUUCGACCACUUGCGUGUUUACGAAAAUAACACUGUAUCUUUUUUAGCGUUAUGUUAAUCAAAAAGAAAAAAAAGUACAAAAGCAAAAUGAUAUAAAAAUAUAAGUUUUAUGUUUAAGUCACUUCUGGAGGAGUGGUUAAUCGUCAUUCUCCAUUAUAUAUAUAUAUAUAUAUACAUAUAUAUUAUUUACCGCAUACCUUGUGCAAUGCAACACAGAUUGGAUUGUAAAAUAAUUAAUAUGUAUUAAAUCAA